AUGCAAAUUCAAAUGAGUGGGCGGAGGGUGCUUGAUGCCUCGAAGAGCGAGGAGCGAAUCUUGAUCACGGAUUGGGCGUGGGAACUAGUCAAGGCCGGGAAGGUCGAGGAAGUUUUCCACAGGGGCAUAAGGACGGAAGGGCCGAAAGGGGUGAUGGAGAGAUUCGUGCGCGUUGGGAUCCUCUGCGCGCAUGUCAUGUUGGCGCUUAGGCCGACCAUUGAGGAUGCGCUGAGGAUGCUUGAAGGCGACAUUGACAUCCCUCGUCUGCCUGAUCGCCCGUUGCCUCUCGCGCAGUUUAGCUUUUUUAGUUAUGGCACAAGUGCAAGUGAGGGGUCAAGAGUUUCAAAUUGGAGUAACACUAGUUGA